AUUGAUGAUGUUUCCUUAGCUAGACGUAGACUUGCACAACGUGUUGCGUCUUUGCGUUGUACUGAAACUGUUGACCAUGCCAACGGCAGGCGUCAUAAUGAUGCUGUAAGGCAGGCAGCAGUUCUUAAUGCUAAAAGUAUUGAGCAAGCUGCCAAUAGGCGUACUCAAAAUGCUGAAAGGCAAGCUGCUGCACGUUCUUUAGAAAAUACUGAUGACGCUGCCAAUAGACGUGCUCGAGAUGCUGACAGGCAAGCUGCUGCACGUCGUUUAGAAAAUACUGAUCAUGCUGCUAAUCGACGUGUUCAAAAUGCUGAAAGGCAAGCUGCUGCAAGUCAGUUAGAAAAUCCUCAUCAGGCUGCCAAUAGACGUGCUCGAGAUGCUGACAGGCAAGAUGCUGCACGUCGUUUAGAAAACCCUGAUCAGGCUGCCAAUAGACGUGCUCGAGAUGCUACAAGGCAAGUUAUUGCUCGACAAAGGCAAAAGUUGCAAAUAGAAGACAAGCAAAUGCACAACGAAAUGUUGCAGUUCGUGCUCGCAGAAAUGCCCCAUACUAUGAUGUUGCACGUCAACAUGUAUUGCCUAAUGUGUAUUAUUUAGGUGUUAUGGACAAAAAUUGUGAGUAUUG